AUGGUUCCUUUUCGUUUCAUUUCUUUCUUUUUUACUUUUUUCUUUCUUUCUUUCUUUCUUUCUUUUUUCUUUCUUUCUUUCUUCCUUCCUUUCUUUCUUUCUUUCUUUCUUUCUUUUCAUUAUCUUUCUUUCUUUCUCUUUUCAUUGCUCUUUUUAUUCAACUGUCAUGUUUCCUUUUUGUUUCAUUUCUUUCUUUCUUUUUCUUUUUUUCUUUCUUUCUCAUUAUCUUUCUUUCUUUCUUUCUUUCUUUCUCUUUCCAUUGUUCUUUUUAUUCAACUGUCAUGUUGCCUUUUCGUUUCAUUUCUUUCUUUUUUCUUUCUUUCUUUCUUUCUUUCUUUCUUUCUUUCUCUUUCCAUUGUUCUUUUUAUUCAACUGUCAUGUUGCCUUUUCGUUUCAUUUCUUUCUUUUCUUUCUUUCUUUCUUUCUUUCUUUCUUUCUCUUUCCAUUGUUCUUUUUAUUCAACUGUCAUGUUGCCUUUUCGUUUCAUUUCUUUCUUUUUUCUUUCUUUCUUUCUUUCUUUCUUUCUUUCUUUCUUUCUUUCUCUUUCCAUUGUUCUUUUUAUUCAACUGUCAUGUUGCCUUUUCGUUUCAUUUCUUUCUUUUUUCUUUCUUUCUUUCUUUCUUUCUUUCUUUCUCUUUCCAUUGUUCUUUUUAUUCAACUGUCAUAUUUGCCUUUUCGUUUCAUUUCUUUCUUUUUUUUUUUUUUCUUUCUUUCUUUCUUUCUCUUUCCAUUGUUCUUUUUAUUCAACUCUCAUGUUGCCUUUUCGUUUCAUUUCUUUUUUUUUUUCUUUCUUUCUUUCUUUCUUUCUUUCUUUCUUUUCUUUCUCUUUCCAUUGUUCUUUUUUAUUCAACUGUCAUGGUUCCUUUUCGUUUCAUUUCUUUCUUUUUACUUUUUCUUUCUUUCUUUCUUUCUUUCUUUUUUUCUUUCUUUUCUUUCUUCCUUCCUUUCUUUCUUUUCUUUCUUUCUUUCUUUUCAUUAUCUUUUUUCUUUCUUUUUUUUCAUUGCUCUUUUUAUUCAACUGUCAUGUUUCCUUUUUGUUUCAUUUAUUUCUUUCUUUUUUUUUUUUCUUUCUUUCUCAUUAUCUUUCUUUCUUUCUUUCUUUCUCUUUCCAUUGUUCUUUUUUAUUCAACUGUCAUUUGCCUUUUCGUUUCAUUUCUUUCUUUUUUCUUUUCUUUCUUUCUUUCUUUCUUUCUUUCUCUUUCCAUUGUUCUUUUUAUUCAACUGUCAUGUUGCCUUUUUCGUUUCAUUUCUUUCUUUUUUUCUUUCUUUCUUUCUUUCUUUUCUUUCUUUUUCUCUUUCCAUUGUUCUUUUUAUUCAACUGUCAUGUUGCCUUUUCGUUUCAUUUCUUUCUUUUUCUUUCUUUCUUUCUUUCUUUCUUUCUUUCUUUUUCUCUUUCCAUUGUUCUUUUUAUUCAACUGUCAUGUUGCCUUUUCGUUUCAUUUCUUUUUUUUUUCUUUUUUUCUUUCUUUCUUUCUUUCUCUUUCCAUUGUUCUUUUUUAUUCAACUGUCAUGUUGCCUUUUCGUUUCAUUUCUUUCUUUUUUCUUUCUUUCUUUCUUUCUUUCUUUCUCUUUCCAUUGUUCUUUUUAUUCAACUGUCAUGUUGCCUUUUCGUUUCAUUUCUUUCUUUUUUCUUUCUUUCUUUCUUUCUUUCUUUCUUUCUCUUUCCAUUGUUCUUUUUAUUCAACUGUCAUGGUUCCUUUUCGUUUCAUUUCUUUCUUUUUUACUUUUUUCUUUUUUUCUUUCUUUUUUUUUUUUUUCUUUCUUCCUUCCUUCCUUUCUUUUCUUUCUUUCUUUCUUUCUUUUCAUUAUCUUUCUUUCUUUUCUCGUUUCAUUGCUCUUUUUAUUCAACUGUCAUGUUUCCUUUUGUUUCAUUUCUUUCUUUCUUUUUUCUUUCUUUUUUUUCUUUCUCAUUAUCUUUCUUUUUCUUUUCUUUUCUUUCUCUUUCCAUUGUUCUUUUUAUUCAACUCUCAUGUUGCCUUUUCGUUUCAUUUCUUUCUUUUUUCUUUCUUUCUUUCUUUCUUUCUUUCUUUCUUUCUUUCUCUUUCCAUUGUUCUUUUUAUUCAACUGUCAUGGUUCCUUUUCGUUUCAUUUCUUUCUUUUAUACUUUUUUCUUUCUUUCUUUCUUUCUUUCUUUUUUCUUUCUUUCUUCCUUCCUUCCUUUCUUUCUUUCUUUCUUUCUUUCUUUUCAUUAUCUUUCUUUCUUUCUCUUUUCAUUGCUCUUUUUAUUCAACUGUCAUGUUUCCUUUUUGUUUCAUUUCUUUCUUUCUUUCUUUUUCUUUCUUUCUUUCUUUCUCAUUAUCUUUCUUUCUUUCUCUUUCCAUUGUUCUUUUUAUUCAACUGUCAUGUUGCCUUUUCGUUUCAUUUCUUUCUUUUUUCUUUCUUUCUUUCUUUCUUUCUUUCUUUCUCUUUCCAUUGUUCUUUUUAUUCAACUGUCAUGUUGCCUUUUCGUUUCAUUUCUUUCUUUUUUCUUUCUUUCUUUCUUUCUUUCUCUUUCCAUUGUUCUUUUUAUUCAACUGUCAUAUUGCCUUUUCGUUUCAUUUCUUUCUUUUUUCUUUCUUUCUUUCUUUCUUUCUUUCUUUAUUUCUCUUUCCAUUGUUCUUUUUAUUCAACUGUCAUGGUUCCUUUUCGUUUCAUUUCUUUCUUUUUUACUUUUUUCUUUCUUUCUUUCUUUCUUUCUUUCUUUUUUCUUUCUUUCUUCCUUCCUUCCUUUCUUUCUUUCUUUCUUUCUUUUCAUUAUCUUUCUUUCUUUCUCUUUUCAUUGCUCUUUUUAUUCAACUGUCAUGUUUCCUUUUUGUUUCAUUUCUUUCUUUCUUUUUCUUUCUUUCUUUCUUUCUCAUUAUCUUUCUUUCUUUCUUUCUUUCUCUUUCCAUUGUUCUUUUUAUUCAACUGUCAUGUUGCCUUUUCGUUUCAUUUCUUUCUUUUUUCUUUCUUUCUUUCUUUCUUUCUUUCUUUCUCAUUAUCUUUAGUUCUUUCUCUUUCCAUUGUUCUUUUUAUUCAAUUGUCAUGUUUCAUUUUCGUUUCAUUUCUUUUUUUCUUUCUCUCUUAUUUUCUUUCUUUCUUUCUCAUUAUCUUUCUUUCUCUUUCCAUUGUUCUUUUUAUUCUACUGUCAUGUCUACUUCUUCCUUCCUUCUUUUCUUCCUUCCUUCCUUCAUUCAUUCAUGCAUUCAUUCGUUUCUUUCUUUCUUUCUUUUUCAAUUUCAUUAUUCUUUUUAUUCUAUUGUCAUGUUUAUUUCUUCCUUCAUUCGUUUCUUUCCUUCAUUCGUUUCUUUCUUUCUUUCUUUAUUUAUUUCUUUCUUUAUCUUUCAAUUCGCCCGCAACCGUCGGUUAUGCUGGCUUCGGUGCGAGAACCAAUCCUUCUCUCUGGUGCAAUUUGCACUCCUUUGUCUGCUCCUUUUCUCUUCUUUCUUUUUAUUUUGUUCUUUCUUUCUUUUUUGUUUCUUUUCAUCUUUCUUCAUUUUUUCUUUCUUUUCAUGUUUUCAUUUCUUUCUUCAUUUUUUUCUUUCUAUCUUUCUUUUUCCUUUGUUUCUUUCUUUCUUUCUUUCUUCAUUUAUUUCUCGCUUUCUUUUUCUUUCUUUUUAUCUUUCUUCAUUCCUUUCUUUCUUUCUUUCUUCAUUCCUUUCUUUCUUUCUUCAUUCCUUUCUUUCUUUCUUUCUUUCUUCAUUCCUUUCUUUCUUUCUUCAUUUCUCUCUUGCUUUCUUCAUUUUUCUGUCUUUCAUUUUCAUUUGUUUAUUUGUUUUUAUUUGUUUGUUUGUUUCUUUCUUUCUUUCUUUCUUCAUUUCUUUCUCUCUUUCUUUUUUUUUCUUUUUUCAUUUCUUUCUUUCUUUCUUUCUUUCUUUCUUCAUUUCUUUCUCUCUUUCAUUUUUCUUUCUUUUUUCUCCAUUUCUUUCUUUGUUUCUUCCUUCUUUCUUCAUUUCUUUCUUUCUUUCUUCAUUUCUUUCUUUAUUUCUUCAUUUCUUUCUCUCUUUCAUUUUUCUUUCUUUUUUCUCCAUUUCUUUCUUUGUUUCUUCCUUCUUUCUUCAUUUAUUUCUUUCUUUCUUCAUUUCUUUCUCUCUUUCUUUUUUCUUUCUUUUUUUCAUUUCUUUCUUUCUUUCUUUCUUCAUUUCUUUCCCUCUUUCAUUUUUCUUUCUUUUUCUCCAUUUCUUUCUUUGUUUCUUCCUUCUUUCUUUCUUUCUUUCUUCACUUCUUUCUCUCUUUCUUUUUCUUUUUUUUUUCAUUUCUUUCUUUCUUUCUUCAUUUCUUUCUCUUUUUCUUUUUUCUUUCUUUUUUCUCCAUUUCUUUCUUUGUUUCUUUCUUCUUUCUUCAUUUCUUUCUUUCUUUCUUCAUUUCUUUCUCUCUUUCUUUUUUCUUUCUUUUUUUCAUUUCUUUCUUUCUUCAUUUCUUUCUCUCUUUCAUUUUUCUUUCUUUUUUCUCCAUUUUUUUCUUUCUUUCUUCCUUCUUUCUUUCUUUCUUUCUUCACUUCUUUCUCUCUUUCUUUUUCUUUCUUUUUUCAUUUCUUUCUUUCUUUCUUUCUUUCUUUCUUCAUUUCUUUCUCUCUUUCAUUUUUCUUUCUUUUUUCUCCAUUUCUUUCUUUGUUUCUUCCUUCUUUCUUCAUUUCUUUCUUCAUUUCUUUCUUUCUUUCUUCAUUUCUUUCUCUCUUUCUUUUUUUUCUUUUUUCAUUUCUUUCUUUCUUUCUUUCUUUCUUCAUUUCUUUCUCUCUUUCAUUUUUCUUUCUUUUUUCUCCAUUUCUUUCUUUGUUUCUUCCUUCUUUCUUCAUUUCUUUCUUUCUUUCUUCAUUUCUUUCUUUCUUUCUUCAUUUCUUUCUCUCUUUCAUUUUUCUUUCUUUUUUCUCCAUUUCUUUCUUUGUUUCUUCCUUCUUUCUUCAUUUCUUUCUUUCUUUCUUCAUUUCUUUCUCUCUUUCUUUUUUCUUUCUUUUUUUCAUUUCUUUCUUUCUUUCUUUCUUCAUUUCUUUCUUUUUUCUCCAUUUCUUUCUUUGUUUCUUCCUUCUUUCUUCAUUUCUUUCUUUCUUUCUUCAUUUCUUUCUUUCUUUCUUCAUUUCUUUCUCUCUUUCAUUUUUCUUUCUUUUUUCUCCAUUUCUUUCUUUGUUUCUUCCUUCUUUCUUCAUUUCUUUCUUUCUUUCUUCAUUUCUUUCUCUCUUUCUUUUUUCUUUCUUUUUUUCAUUUCUUUCUUUCUUUCUUUCUUCAUUUCUUUCUCUCUUUCAUUUUUCUUUCUUUUUUCUCCAUUUCUUUCUUUGUUUCUUCCUUCUUUCUUCAUUUCUUUCUUUCUUUCUUCAUUUCUUUCUUUCUUUCUUCACUUCUUUCUCUCUUUUUUUUUCUUUCUUUUUUUUUUUUUUUCUUUCUUUCUUUUUCUUUCUUUCUUUUCUUUUUUUCUUUCUCUCUUUCAUUUUUCUUUUUUUUUUCUCCAUUUCUUUCUUUGUUUCUUCCUUCUUUCUUCAUUUUUUCUUUCUUCAUUUCUUUCUUUAUUUCUUCAUUUCUUUCUCUCUUUCAUUUUUUUCUUUCUUUUCUCCAUUUCUUUCUUUGUUUCUUCCUUCUUUCUUCAUUUUCUUUUUCUUUCUUUCUUCAUUUCUUUCUCUCUUUCUUUUUUCUUUCUUUUUUUUUUUUCUUUCUUUCUUUCUUUCUUUCUUCUUUUUUUCCCUCUUUUUUUUUUUCUUUUCUUUUUUCCAUUUCUUUCUUUUGUUUCUUCCUUCUUUCUUUCUUUCUUUUCUUCACUUCUUUCUUCAUUUUCUUUUUUCUUUCUUUUUUCAUUUCUUUCUUUCUUUCUUCAUUUCUUUCUCUCUUUUUUUUUCUUUCUUUUUCUCCAUUUCUUUCUUUUUUUCUUUCUUCUUUCUUCAUUUUUUCUUUCUUUCUUCAUUUCUUUCUCUUUUCUUUUUCUUUUCUUUUUUCAUUUUUCUUUCUUCAUUUUCUUUUCUUCUCUUUCUUUUUUCUUUUCUUUUUCUCUUCAUUUCUUUUUUUCUUUCUUCCUUCUUUCUUUUCUUUCUUUCUUCUUUUCUUUCUCUCUUUCUUCUUUUUUCUUUUUCUUCACUCUUUCUUUCUUCUUUUUUUUCUUUUUUUCUUUCUUUUUUCUUUCUUCUUUUUCUUUCUUUUUCUUUUUUUUUUUUUUUUUUCUUUCUUUCUUUCUUUCUUCAUUUUUUUCAUUUCUUUCUUUCUCUUUCUUUUUUUCUUUCUUUUUUUCUUUUCUUUCUUUUUCUUUUUUCUUCUUUCUUCAUUUCUUUCUUUUCUUUUCUUCAUUUCUUUCUUCAUUUUCUUUUUCUUUUUCUUUUCUCUUUCUUUUUUUCUUUUUUCAUUUCUUUUUUUCUUUCUUUCUUUUCUUUCUUCAUUUUCUUUUCUCUCUUUCAUUUUUCUUUCUUUUUCUUUCCAUUUUUUCUUUUGUUUCUUCCUUCUUUCUUUUUUCUUUCUUCCUUUUUUCUUUUUUUUCUUUCUUUCUUCAUUUUCUUUUCUCUUUCUUUCAUUUUUUUUUCUUUUUCUCCAUUUCUUUUUUUUUUUUCUUCCUUCUUUCUUCAUUUCUUCUUUUCUUUCUUCAUUUCUUUCUCUCUUUUUUUUUUUCUUUUUUUUUUCAUUUCUUUUUUUUCUUUUCUUUCUUCAUUUCUUUUUCUCUCUUUCAUUUUCUUUUUUUUUUUCUUCCAUUUCUUUCUUUUGUUUCUUCCUUCUUUUUUCUUUUCUUUUCUUUCUUUCUUCAUUUUUCUUUCUUUCUUUCUUCAUUUCUUUUUCUCUUUCUUUUUCUUUCUUUUUUUCUCCAUUUUCUUUCUUUGUUUCUUCCUUCUUUCUUCUUCAUUUCUUUUCAUUUUUCUUUCUUCAUUUUUUUUUCUUUCUCUUUUUUCUUUUUUUUUUCAUUUCUUUCUUUCUUUCUUUUCUUCAUUUCUUUUUUUUUCUCCAUUUCAUUUUCUUUGUUUUCUUCCUUCUUUCUUUUUUUUUUCUUUCUUUCUUCAUUUUUCUUUCUUUUUCUUUCUUCAUUUUUCUUUCUCUUUUUCUUUUUUUUUUUUUUUCUCCAUUUCUUUUUUUUGUUUCUUCCUUCUUUCUUCAUUUUUCUUUCUUUUCUUUCUUCAUUUCUUUCUCUUCUUUCUUUUUUUUCUUUUUUUUUUUUCAUUUUUCUUUCUUUCUUUCUUCAUUUUUCUUUUCUUCUCUUUCUUUUUUUCUUUCUUUUUUUUCUUCCAUUUCAUUUUUCUUUUUUCUUCCUUCUUUCUUCAUUUCUUUUUCUUUUCUUUCUUCAUUUCUUUCUUUUCUUUCUUCACUUUUUUUUCUCUCUUUCUUUUUUUUUUUUUCUUUUCUUUUUCAUUUUCUUUUCUUUCUUUCUUUCUUCAUUUCUUUCUCUUUUUCAUUUUUUUUUCUUUUUUCUCCAUUUCUUUUUUUGUUUCUUCCUUCUUUCUUCAUUUUCUUUCUUUCUUUCUUCUUUUUUUUCUUUCUUUCUUCAAUUCUUUUCUCUUUCUUUUUUUUCUUUCUUUUUUCUCCAUUUCUUUCUUUUUGUUUCUUCCUUCUUUCUUUCUUUCUUUCUUUUUCUUUCUGCUUUCAUUUCUUUUUCUUUUUUUUAUUCUUUUUCAUUUAUUUUCUUCUCUUUUCAUUUUUUCUUUUUUUCUUUUUUUUUUUUUUUUUUCCCCCUUCCAUUUCUCCAACUUCAAAAAUAGUUCAUUUUCUUUUCUCUUGUUUUUUUUACUCUUUCUUCCCUUCAUCAGACCAUUUCGUCUCUACUAAUUCUCACCGAAAAACUUUUCUGCCUUUUUCUUUUCGGUUCUGCGUUUUCCCGUCAAUCCAGAAAAAAAUUGGAAAACUUUCUUCCAUUCGCAUUCUCAGAUUUUCUCUUCUUGCGUUAAAUUCUUCCUGUUGCAUUUUCAGUCUUUUCAGCUUCACAUUCUCUCAUAGCAGCUCUUCUUGCAUUAGCUACAUCCUUUGUUUAAUUUUGUCUGCUCUCCACUCCCUCCUCUCGCAGGUCUGCUCUCCUGCUAUUGCCUCCUCCUUCUGUCUCAUUAAUUCGGCUUUCGUCAAAUUCUCUCUCUUUCUCUCUUUCUCUCUCGCUUUCUCCUUCUCUCUCUCUUUCUCUCUCUCUCUCUCUCUCUCUCCCUCUCUCUCGUUUAUUAGUCAAAUUAAAAUUUCACAUCUACCUCUUUCUCUCUCUCUCUCUCUCUCUCUCUCUCUCUCUAUCUAUCUAUCUAUCACUCACUCACUCACUCACUCACUCACUCUCUCUCUCUCUCUAUAUAUAUAUAUAUAUCGUUUAUGA